GCUAGCUGCAUAGCUACUUCACAAACAAGGAAGAGGAACGUUUUUGUCGAUGUUUGUUUGAAGACAGUAUAGACAUGCAUGUGAUAAAGUCCUACGCAGUUUUGCUGAGCUUUAUAUAUGUAUUUUAUAGUUGCUCGACGUCAGCCGAUGUAUUUGAUGGGGUUUUGGGCAACACAGCUUCUUGUCACAAAACAUGCCAGAUGACUUACAGUCUGCACACCUAUCCUCGGGAAGAGGAGUUGUAUGCUUGUCAGAGGGGAUGCAGGCUGUUCUCCAUUUGUCAGUUUGUUGGCGACACUGAAAAUCUAAAUCAAACCAAGUCUGAAUGCUACUCUGCUUGUCAUGAGGCUUAUAAUCAAGCAGACGAACAGUAUGCUUGCAGUUUGGGAUGUCAAAGUCAACUUCCAUUCGCGGAGCAAAGACAGGAGAAGUUGUUGGCCAUGAUGCCAAGAAUUCAUCUCCUCUACCCACUUACCUUGGUGAGAGGAUUUUGGGAUGAUGUCAUGAGCCAAGCUCAUAGCUUCAUCACCUCUUCCUGGACAUUUUAUCUUCAAGCAGAUGAUGGAAAAGUUGUAGUUUUCCAGACAGCUCCACAAGUCCAGUUUGUCCCUGAGUAUGAACUUCAGAGAGAGGAGCUCAAGGAAGAGCCACAGAGAUUAUAUCAUGAGAUAAGUGACCCAGUUUACAAAGACUACGACAGGAGCUACAUCCAAGAGAGAGUCAUGUCCAUGGAUCAGAGCAACUCUGAUGAUGACUACAACUUUUUUAAUUGCCUCUCAAGAAACCCUUGGCUGCCCGGGUGGAUCCUCACCACCACUCUGGUGCUGUCAGUUCUGGUGCUGAUCUGGAUUUGCUGUGCUACAGUAGCCACUGCUGUGGAUCAGUAUGUCCCUGCUGAGAAACUGAGCAUAUAUGGAGACUCGGAAUACAUGAAGGAUCAGAAACUGACCCCUUACCCGCAAUCCACCCUUGUAAUCAUCAGCUCGGGUGGGAAAGAUGAUGAGGCUGGACCGCUUCCAUCGAAGGUCAAGCUCGACCAGUCUACUAUUUGAGGGCUCCACAAAAUAAGAAUUCAUAAAAUACAUCAAAAUAAACUAAUGGCAACUUCACUAAAAGGUUCUACUCCUAGUUGUUCUGUCUUCUCAGUGUUUUAUUAUUUCUUCAGUUCUAUUUUCUAUUGUUCUGUGUUAUAUUUUUAGAAUCAGGUUGCAGAGACAUAUUUUGUGUGUAUAUUUGGGUUUUGGCAAAUAUUAGAAUAACAGUAUAAUAAUCAGUUUAGGAUUUGCGGUUGUGUUCAUGAUGUUUCUGGUUCAGCUGGGGCAGUGGAAUGAUUAUUUUAUUUUGAGUAUUUUUAGUGAUCACUAAUAAGUUGUGGGAUGAGGUUCAAACUUUGUGUAACAGUAAAACUGAACUCCUAAUGUUAUAUAUGCUGUGGUCACCCUUUAUAUGCAUAGUGGAUGAUGGGUAGUUAUGCUAAUUUGGACCCUCAUAAUCUUAAAAUUGCAGGAAAGCAAUUUAAGUACAGUUUUAGGUACUGUAAACUUUUUGUAAGGUUUUGGUUGUCUUUUGUCCUGUUGGAAUGGUUCUUGAAUAAACUUCAACCAAAAUGGUU